AUGCUGCAGCUGAGCCUGUCCUGGCUGGGAAGGAGCCUGGGGACCACCUCCCCAUGGCUGCUCCUGCUGCUCAUCGGUGCCUCCGGGCUCCUGGUCUGCAUCCUACCACAGGCCUGCACUUUCUACAACAAGUGUCGCCGGCUCCGAAGUUUCCCACAGCCUCCGAAACAGAACUGGUUGUUCGGUCAUCUGGGGCUGAUCACCCUCACAGAGGAGGGCCUGAGGAUCCUAACCCAGCUGGUGGCCACCUUCCCCCAGGGCUUUAUUUACUGGAUGGGCCCCAUCAUCCCUAGCAUCGUGUUGUGCCACCCUGACACCAUCCGGCCUGUCCUGAAUGCCUCAGCUGCCAUUGCACCCAAGGAUAUUGUCUUCUACAGCUUCCUGAAACCAUGGCUGGGGGAUGGGCUUGUGGUGAGUGCCGGUGACAAGUGGAGCAGGCAUCGCCGCAUGCUGGCACCUGCCUUCCAUUUCAACAUCCUGAAGCCCUACGUGAAGAUUUUCAACAAUGCUACAAACAUCAUGCUUGCCAAGUGGCAGCGCCUGACUUCGGAGGGCAGUGCCCGUCUGGAAAUGUAUGAGGACAUCAGCCUCAUGACCCUGGACAGUCUGCAGAAAUGCAUCUUUAGCUUCGACAGCAAUUGUCAAGAGAAGCCCAGUGAUUACAUUGCCGCCAAUGUGGAGCUCACUUACCUUUUUGCCAGAAGGCAGCAGAAUUUCCUGCUGUACACGGACUUCCUGUACUACCUCACCCCCGACGGGCAACGCUUCCGCAGGGCCUGCCGCGUGGUGCAUGCUUUCACAGAAGCCGUCAUCCAGGAGCGCCGCCGCACACUCCUUAACCAGGGGAUCGACGACUUCCUCAAGGCCAAGGCCAAGACCAAGACUUUGGACUUCAUUGAUGUGCUCCUGCUGACCAAGGAUGAAGAUGGAAAGGGUUUGUCAGAUGAGGACAUACGGGCGGAGGCUGACAGCUUCAUGUUUGCAGGCCAUGACAGCACGGCCAGUAGCCUCACCUGGAUCCUGUACAACCUCGCAAAGCACCCAGAAUACCAGGAGCGCUGCCGAAAGGAGGUGCGAGAACUCUUGAGAGACCGUGGAGGUGAAGAGAUUGAGUGGGACGACCUGGCCCAGCUGCCCUUCCUCACCAUGUGCAUCAAGGAGAGCCUGCGGCUGCACCCCCCACUGUUGGGCAUCUCCCGCAGCUGCACCCAAGAUAUGAGGCUCCCCGACGGUCGGGUCAUCCCCAAAGGCGUCAUCUGUUUUAUCAAUAUUUUCGGGACCCAUCACAACCCAGCUGUGUGGCAGGACCCCGAGGUCUAUGACCCCUCCCGCUUCGAGCCAGAGAAGGUCAAGGACAGGUCGCCGCUGGCUUUCAUCCCCUUCUCAGCUGGACCCAGGAACUGCAUCGGGCAGACGUUCGCCAUGAUCGAGAUGAAAGUGGCUCUGGUGCUCCUGCUGCUGCACUUCCGCUUCCUGCCCGACAGCACAGAGACGCGCAGGAAGCCGGAUUUGGGUAUGCGCGCCGAGGGCGGCCUGUGGCUGUGGGUGGAGCCGCUGAGCGCGGGCCAGCAGUGA